GGUCUUUUUCGAUUGGUCUAGUUUUCCAUCUCUCUCCAAAGGAAUCUUAACCAACUGCCCGCGAAUUUCUCUGUGUCAAUCUUUCUUCAAUAACAAUAACGAAUAAUCUCUCGGGAAGUAUUUUACCAAUUAUCAACGAUGGAGAAAAUGGAAUCUUUGAUGGAAAUUGAUUUGUACGAGUUGAUCGGUGUAGAGCAAUCAGCUUCGACUCAGGAAAUCAAAAAAGCAUAUCGCAAGAAGGCUCUUUCUUGCCAUCCUGAUAAGAAUCCAAACAAUCCGAGAGCAAAUGAAUUGUUUCACGAAUUGUCACACGCGUUAGAAAUCCUUACCGACACAUCUGCUCGUGCAGCUUAUGACAAAGUACUCAACGCUAGACUUCAAGCAAAAUUGCGCAUUAAAGAAUUUGAUGCGAAGCGUAGGAAGCUGAAAGAAGACUUGGAAGCAAGGGAGGAUGCUUACAGGAGAUCCACAACUGCAGAUUUUAAGAGUGACAAAGAAAAAUUACAAGCUGAAAUAGACAGGUUACAGAAAGAAGGAUCGAAACAGUUGAAGGAAGAGAUAGAGCUUAUGCAAAAACAUUUUCAAGAUCAAUUAAAUACAAGCCUCAAAGAAUCUGAAGUAGAUAAUGGUUCCUUUAAGAUAAGAGUGAAAUGGAAGACUGACAAGAAUCAGUCAAACGAUAUAUAUAAUUAUGAUACGUUACACAGGAUAUUUUCAAAGUAUGGUGAUAUAAAUGCACUUAUCGUGUCUCCCACUGGAAAGGGCAGUGCAUUGGUUGAAUAUCAAAAUAAAAGUGAUGCAGUAAGUAUUAAUAGACUUAUUACUAGAAAUAACAUAUUUCUUAUUAUUAUAUGUUAUAUCCAGGAAUUGGCUGUAAGUGUGGAAGUUGGUUUUGCACAGAACCCGCUUAAACUCCAAAAGUUAUGGAGUACAGUAAAAGAAUCUGCCACUUUUAAGAUGGGAGCUUCUUACAGUGAUAAUAAUAUCCCGCGAAAAGAGGUAAAUCAAAGAAUGUCGGACAGCGAAUUCGAACUUUCUGUACUACGCAAUCUAAGAAAGGCCGAGGAACUGAAAAGAUCGGGGCAGUUGCAUACAACCGAAAACACUUGAUUAAACAUCGCCAUUCAAGCUUCAUUGUACAUACGAUCGACGAUGCCACGAGGUGCCACUUGAAUAACUUAAUUGUGUAUCUUUAUAAAUACAAAUGCGGACUACAAAGAA